AUGCAGUCUCUUCUCGUCCGACUGCUCGCAUUGAGCAUGAGGGAACUCCCAGGCACCGUGCUACGGAUUCGACUAGCCCAAAUACUGGACAAUGCUUCCGCAGCCUAUAACCUUCUGUAUCGAACCUCAGACGUCCAGCAAAGUCCGACAUGGGCCGUGACGACUCUUUUCAUCCCCAUGACGUGCUCCAAGUCAACACCUAUGGUCACCUACCUCAUCCCUUAUAAUUCAGCCGACAUCGACGACUCUCAAAGUUAUAGCAUAUACACGACCUUCGACAUUAGCCUUUCCUAUCAACUCGGUCGAGGGCCCCGGUGGCGUGCGGUGCUGGUAUUCAGGGGGGGUCACGCAGCUCUGGACGCCGUGCGGGCCGUACUUUCAGCUGAUCUGGGUCCCAACUUGGUAUUCUCGGGUACUGUACUUGGUGGACUGGCCCCCAAUCUCACCAGCACGGCCGACAGUAUUAUAUCCACCUCUUGGGCGGGCCUGAUGGCAGCUGGGCUUGUUGGUGUCGCCUCGCAGUAUCCUGAUGCAUACGACUUCCUAAUCAGCAAGCUAAAACCGGGAAUGAGCUCAUCUUACUUCUUGGCCGUGGAAAACUACGACAUCGUGGAGACUUUUGCUGCAUUCGCAGGACAGAACAUGUACGACUACUUCCUCGACGGUCGGUCCGUCUUCUCUGAGAGAUCGGCGCUGUCGGGUGCCUUGACAGCCAACGGGUACAUGGGGCUUCACAGGGUGCCACAAAUGCCUGUCUUUGCCCAUAAGCCGAUCCACGAUCAGUUCAGUCCGGUGAAGGACACGGAUGAACUGGUCCGCAACUUCUGCGGCAAGGGUGCGAGCAUCCUGUAUCAGCGGAAUUCUGUCGGCGGCCACAUUGCGGAGAUCACGAAUGGCCAUCAGAGAGCCCUCAGUUGGCUGGGUAUUGUCUUGGAGGAAGGGUAUACUCCAAUGGGUGGAUGUUUUGUGCAGAAUAUAACAGUUGACAUUGAUAACUCGGCAAAUUAA